CAAAAUUAAUUGUUUAUUAAUAAUUGCAAAUGAUAACAAAAUCAACUAUAAAUAGUGUUUUCAAGUGCAAACAAUUAUAGUUCACUAUCAGUAGUGAUUAAAGCAAUUCAUUGAGUUUAAUUAACGUGCCAAAUUGACAAUUGCAAGGAAGUGCUAAGGAUUACUGAGAGACCAUGAAUCCCUUAAGAACCAUUUGUCUUCUAAUGGGCAUAUUUGCCUUGGCUUCGGCCAAUACUUCAUCCAGCAGAGGUCCCAUGAGAUGGCGCAGCAAUCGUAACUCUAUUAAGAAUAGCUUGAAACCUACCGAAUGGUUGUCAGUAUCGGAAUUGGAAUCUUUGCCUUCUAUGAAUGAGAUCACUCUUAAGAAAUUGGAUGAAAUGUCGGUGCAGGAAGGUGCUAGUUUGUUGAAAAAAAUGUAUCACUUGAGUCAAGCUGGCCAGGCAAUUGAAACCAGCUAUGUGCCCAAGGCUAGUGAAAUCCCAGCCUUCCUUGUUACACCCGACAAUAAGAAAGUUAGCUUUAAACUAAAUCAAUUACCCAAGAUUGCCCAAGAAGAGAAAGAGUUUGGCAACCAAGAAGUAACUAUCUUCAUUACCGGCCUGCCCGAAAAAUCUGAACAUGUUAAGAAAGCCGUACGUAAAUUGGUGCAAGCAUAUAUGCAACGUUACAAUGGUGAGGCUCCCCAACGCAGCGGUGUAAAAUACGAAGAUGAUUCUAGUGAAAAGACAGGUCCCAGCUCCAGUGAAGAAUAUGAGUGGAGCAGCCAAUCGAACAAACCCUCUGGCAGUUUAGUUGUUAUUGAAUUGGGUAAUGUUUUCGAUACCAUGAAAAAAUACGCUUCUUUGGAUGUGGAAAAGACUGGCGCAGAAAUUGGUGAUAUUUUGGUGAAAUGCAUCGAAGAGGCUGAUGUUCCACAAGAAGUCAUACAUGUUAUUGGUACUAAUAUUGCUGCUCAUGUUGCCGGUGCUGUUGGUCGUCAAUAUACCCGUCAAACUGGCCAUCAGUUGCGUCGUAUCACCGGUUUGGACCCCUCAAAACUAUACGCUCAAACUGAUAGAGCCUUAAGAGGUUUAGCACGUGGUGAUGCUGAAUUCGUCGAUGCCAUUCAUACCUCUGCCUAUGGCAUGGGAACACCUACCCGUUGUGGUGAUGUUGACUUCUAUCCCAAUGGUCCCAGUGAAGGUGUUCCUGGUGCUGAUAGCAUUGUUGAAGCCUCCAUGCGUGCUGUCCGUUAUUUCGCUGAAUCUGUUGUACCCGGUAAUGAACGUAACUUCCCAGCUGUUGGUGCCACCUCUCUCAAGCAGUACAAGGAACAGAAUGGCAAUGGAAAACGUGUUUACAUGGGCAUCAAUACCGAUUACGAUGUUGAGGGUGAUUUUAUACUCCAGGUCAACUCUAAGAGUCCUUUCGGUCGCAGCACACCUGCUCAAAAGCAACAAUAUCAUCGUCUCCACAAGCCCUGGAAAAUGUCUUCACAGGAUUUUUAAUUACUCAGUUAGACAGUUGGUGACAUGAUGAGUGCGUUUUUUUUUUGUUUGCAUGUUUUGUUAAAAAAUGAAUUGCUCUCCGU